AUGGCGGCCGGCGGAGCAAGAGCCCUGCAGUGGGCCUGGCUGCAGCUCCUGGCUGUGCAGUGCUGCCGGCAGCUAGAAAAGGUGCUUGGCUGGAAUCGGUGGAGACAGGAGAAGGCUGCUCCAAUGCUGCUGGAGCCUGGCAGUGGGAGGCUUUCUGAGCUGGCAGCGCGGCCAGGCUAUGAACUGCAGGGCACGUGCACUGGGUGGGCAGCACCAGCCUCCCGGCGGGUCCGGCACCAGCCCUGGCACUGGCUGGCUCCAGGGUCCUGCCAGGUCCCCUCCACCCGGCCUGUCCCAGUGGCUCUCGUGGAGGGGCUACGGGGCGUGGCAGGGAGCGGCGGGUCUCGGGGUGCAGGGCCAGAGGAGUCCCCGCGGGGGUCACGCUACAGCAACGUCCUCACCCCCGACAAGAUCCCCGACUUCUUCAUCCCACCCAAGCUGAGCGUGGCACCUGCUGAGACAGAGGGCCCUGAGCCUCCCACAGUGCCCACCCUGGGCCCCUCGGCCUCAGAGCAGGACCUGGCUGGGCGCAAGCCCCCACGCAGCCCCCGGCCAUCCAGCCGUCCCCGGCCGCGGGCCACCAGCCGGCACAUCAUCCAGAUAGAGAGCGCUGAGGACUGGACGGCCGAGGGGGGCUUCGGCACCAACGCAGACCCGCAGGCGCAGACAGCCAUGUCGCUGCCCUACGUGCCCAAGGCGCAGACCUCCUACGGCUUCGCCACACUGGUGGAGAGCCCACACACGCGGCGCAAAGAGUCACUCUUCCACAGCGAGCACAGCAGCCUCUGCCCCUCGCCAGCCACCUCGCCUAGCGCCCAGCGCAGAGCCAAGCUCAAUGGCGAGAGCAGGCCCCGGGCACCCGCUGACCUGGGCGCAGCCCUCAUGCACCCUGGCCGCUACUUCAGCGGUGGUGAGAGUGACACGUGCUCCUCGGCCGAGUCCUCGCCCUUCAGCUCCCCGCUGCUCUCCCGCUCUGUCUCCCUGCUGAAGAUCUUCAGCCAGGAGAGCCAGUCCAAGGUCAUCAAGCUGAAGCACUCGGUAGCCCGCAACAGCUCACUGUCCACCGACGACAGCUCAGCUGACACCAGCCCCAGCGCCCAGCGCCGUGGCAGGAGCACCCCGGCUGGGGGGCAGCCGCCUGCUGCCCUGCUGCCCCUGGACCUGCCGCCGGGCCGCGACCGGGAGCACAGUCUGCAGCUCAGCCGGGGUGGGAGCCUGCGCCUGGCCGCUGAGUACGACCCCUCCAAUGCCCGGUUGCGCGUGCGGCUCAUCUCUGCUGAGGACCUCUACGACGCCCUCGUCGACCUGCGCAGCAUCAACUGCUGUGUCUCGCUGUGUCUCAACCCUGGGAAGCUGCAGAAGCAGCGCAGCACCAUUGUCAAGAACAGCCGCAACCCCGUCUUCAAUGAAGACUUCUUCUUCGAUGGGCUGGGCCCUGGCCAUGCCAGGAAGAUGUCCCUGAAGCUCAAGGUGGUCAACAAGGGCAGCAGCCUUAAGCGGGACACACUGCUGGGGGAGAAGGAGCUGCCGCUCACCACCCUCCUGUCCUGCCUGUAG